GUGAUCAGCUCGGUGUCGACGAGGAACUCAAUAAUGCGCUGUCUGACCAUUGGAGCAUCGGCUCUCCGCCUGCGCCGCUCCAAUCAUUCACCCUGCUAUCGUCUUGUCAGACAAGGUAUGCAUGACGUCAGACUUGGGCAGGCAAAUGGGCGUCUUAUCCGGCCCACGUUUUGAUCGACGACUGCGAACUUUGCGACAAGACAAGACAGCGAGAUAGUUAUAUUUCCUCCACUGCCCGAUACUGCGCACAGGUGUGAAGAUAUACCAUUUGCCUCCAGUUGACCUUGCUUUUCAUCCUCACCCUCCCUUCUGUUCCUUACGCUCCUUCUCCUAGCCUAGAAUUCAUUAGGCGAUUGGAUUCGCCCCAAGCACGGCACCAAACGAAUUUGCACCGAAGAUAGCCCCCCCACCUGGUCAGAUUCCCCAAUACAAUUUGAUUUUUGUACCGCAGGCGCACAUCCUCAGGUGAUCUUUGCCUUCACCUACUCCUCACCCUCAUCCGGAAGAACACCGUUGGACGGAAGACGCAUUGUUUUUUUCGCGGCCUGCGCUGCGCCCGAGGGACAAGUGAGCCGUCGCGACUCCCGGGAGUUAGCCCCGCCAACGCCAGAAGAGAAAAAAAAAAGGAUGGGAAAACAACCCAACCUCUUUAGCUACCCCACGGUCGACGAGGUUGCUGCGCAUCUGCGCAUCUACAUCCUCGCCUGCCAAAAGGCGGCUUUUCACCGACACGAUAGCUUUAAAGUCGCCGUUUCAGGCGGCAGUCUUCCCGCGACUCUCGCAAAGGCGCUCCUCAAGCCAGGUCGCCACGAAGACCCCGCACUCGCACCCCAAUACUCGAAAUGGCAAAUCUUCUUCGCCGACGAACGAGCCGUGCCUUUUGACCACGAGGAGAGCAACUAUGGUCUCCUGAAGAAGGACCUUCUCGAUAAGAUUCCCCCCGAGCAAGGGACGCCCGCUAUCCAUCCUAUCGAUGUGUCGCAACUCGACAAUACCCAAGAGCUGGCGGACCGGUACCAAGAAGUCCUCAUGUCAAUAUUUGCCAGCAAGGACUCCGUGAAACUGCCAAUCUUUGACCUGAUCCUCUUGGGCUGUGGGCCGGAUGGCCACACCUGCAGCCUUUUCCCUGGCCACGAACUUCUGCGGGAAGCAGAUGCCUGGGUGGCUGCGAUCGAAGACAGCCCAAAACCGCCGCCUCGAAGAAUUACCUUGACUUUGCCCGUAUUGACGCACGCCCACAAGAUCGCAUUCGUGGCCACAGGAGGUGGGAAGAGGGACAUUCUGAAGAAGAUCCUGGAAGCGGAUGACGAGGGAAGGAGCUUGCCUUGUGGACUUGUCAAUGAGGGAGGCGGGGAGAAAGUGAGCUGGUUCACAGAUGAUGCAGCGGUCGAAGGAGUAGCAUUCCCUAGGAGGGGUAGCUUAUGAAGAGAUGGCCUCAACAGAGCGUUAGCAAGAGCGUCGCCGUGGAUAUAGACGCUGAGGAUAUUGCUGGUGGAUAAGAGCAACGGUGACGAAGAUCUACCGGAAUUGCGAUUUUGUUGAGGAUGGAGUGUCUCAGUCCUUUCGGUAUGGACGGCUUUUGAGCAGUCAUCUAUACCCUGAAUGUCCAAACCCCUGGGAAAGGAAGGGGAUGUGAAGGCCGGUGUCAUGAUUUCUUUCUUCACUUUUUGAUUUCACCAGAUAUACCUUGGCUGCAUGCGUCUCAUGGACCUUGAUUGAGCCAAAGGUCUUUUUCGAUAGACUAACUACCAAUGACAAACCUUCAGGAUACUCAUGAGGUAUCAGAGGACCCAGG